GAGGCGGGGAUGGGCGGGGCUAAGGGCGGGGCGCGGUGCGUGGAAGGUGGGGCCGGGCGGGGCCUGUUCCUCGGUGUCUGACGGGAAUUGUAGUUCCGGGUGGAAGCCAGGCUCCCUUACAGGGUAGUGGGGACUGUAUUCUCAGAGGGUGAGCUGGGACGUCUCGGGCCGGCCGCUCGGUGCAGGUCCCGCAGCCGGAGAGUUUGAGAGACAGGCCAGGAAGGGGGUGUUUCUUUCCCUCGUCUCCUCGCUGAGGCGGGGCCGGCUCCGCUUUCCCUCGAUCGGUCCCUUGUGUCAGCUCUUCCUGGGCCCCACCAGAAAAGUCCGGGCCUUGAGGUUCGGAGUAGCGGCAGCGGGCCCGCACGAGAGUAAGGGACGCACCCCUCUUCGGCCCAGCCAUGGGCCCGACCCGGAAGCCCAACGUGUGCCGCAGGCUGAGUCGCCGAGCACUGGGCUUCUUCUCGCGCGACGCAGGCGUGGUGCAGAGGACGAACUUGGCCGUCCUGCGGGCGCUGGUGUGCCAGGAAAGUACUAAAUUUAAGAAUGUUUGGACAACUCAUUCCAAGUCACCUAUAUCCUAUGAGAGAGGAAGAAUAUAUUUUGACAAUUAUCGGUGCUGUGUCAGCAGUAUUGCAGCAGAGCCAAGAAAACUUUAUGAAAUGCCAAAAUGUUCCAAAGCAGAAAAAAUAGAGGAUGCAUUAUUAUGGGAAUGCCCAGUGGGGGAAAUACUUCCCAAUCCAUCAGAUUAUAAAUCCUCACUCAUAGCCCUGACAGCUCAUAAUUGGCUACUUCGAAUAUCAGCAACAACGGGAAAUAUCCUUGAGAAAAUAUAUCUUGCUUCUUAUUGUAAAUUCAGAUACUUGAGCUGGGACACUCCUCAAGAAGUCAUUGCAGUCAAGUCAGCUCAGAACAAAGGCUCAGUGGUGGCUCGGCAGGCAGGUGUUCAACAACCUGUUUUGCUAUACCUCGCAGUGUUCCGAGUUCUUCCUUUUUCACUCGUAGGGAUCCUGGAGAUCAACAAAAAGAUUUUCGGGAAUGUUACAGAUGCUACUUUGUCUCAUGGAAUACUGAUUGUGAUGUACAGCUCAGGACUGGUCAGACUCUAUAGUUUCCAAGCCAUCACUGAACAGUUCAUGCAGCAGAAACUUGACUUAGGGUGUGCAUGCAGAUGGGGUGGGACUACUGGAACUGUAGGAGAGGCUCCUUUUGGCAUUCCUUGUAAUAUUAAAAUCACAGACACUCCACCAUUACUCUUUGAGGUGUCGUCCCUGGAGAAUGCUUUUCAGAUUGGAGGCCAUCCUUGGCACUACAUCAUCACACCUAAUAAGAAGAAACAGAAAGGAGUCUUCCAUAUUUGUGCCCUAAAAGACAAUUCCUUGGCAAAAAAUGGGAUCCAAGAAAUGGAUUGUUGUUCUCUAGAAUCUGACUGGAUCUAUUUUCAUCCUGAUUCUUCUGGUAGAAUAAUACAUGUUGGCCCAAAUCAGGUCAAAGUUUUAAAGCUAAAUGAAAUAGAAAAUAAUAGUUCCCAGCAUCAGAUCUCUGAAGAUUUUGUCAUUUUGGCCAAUAGGGAGAAGAACAAAAAUGAAAAUUUACUCACUGUUACAGCUUCUGGACGGGUGGUAAAAAAAAAAUUUACUCUCUUGGAUGACGACCCAGAACAAGAGACUUUCAAAAUUGUGGACUAUGAAGAUGAGUUGGAUUUGCUUUCUGUGGUAGCUGUUACUCAGAUAGAUGCCGAAGGAAAGGCACACCUGGAUUUCCACUGUAAUGAAUAUGGAACUUUACUUAAAAGCAUUCCACUAGUGGAGUCAUGGGAUGUGACAUAUAGCCAUGAAGUCUACUUUGACAGAGAUUUGGUGCUACACAUAGAACAGAAGCCUAACAGGGUCUUCAGCUGCUAUGUUUACCAGAUGAGUUCUUUUGGGCAUGCGUGAUUUCUUCAUACCUCAGUAAGGUCCUGCGAUCUGUGAACCCAAACUCGAGAUGUAUUCCUGAGACUCUGCCUGCACACGCCCUUUGAAAAAUGCACCAGUGACAGGAUUAUAAUUAGAACACUUACGCCUGUUAUUAUUAAGCCAGGAGAGCAUCCAAUAAAAGUUCGGCACAGCCAUCAUUGUAUACAGACUGCCAUGGACCUGGAAAUGCAGCAAGUU